GCUCCGCUCCGCCUGCUGGUGUUUCAGAAUCGUCCGCAAUGGAAGCAGUUAAGGACAUCACGGAGACGGCGGCCGUGGACCUGGGGGACCUGCUGGACGCCGGGGACGGCGCCGUGGUGACGCUGACGGCAGGUGACACUCGGCUGGUGGCGCACAGGGCCGUCCUGGCGGACAGGAGCCCUGUGUUCGCCGCCAUGUUCGCCCACGACACCCUCGAGGCCAGCAGCGGCGCGGUGAGCAUCCCGGACGUGGGGGGCCCGGUGCUGAGGCAGCUCGUCUCCUACCUGUACACCCUGCGGGCCCCCCAGCUGCCCAGCACGGCCCCCCAGCUGCUGGCUGCAGCGGAUAAAUACGGGGUGUCGCGGCUGAAGGAGGAGUGCGAGCGGCAGGUGGCCGCUCAGCUGACCGUCGAGACCGCGGCGGCCGCGGCCGUCCUCGCAGUCCGCCACUCCUGCAGUGACCUCAGGCGAGCCGCCAUCGAAUUUAUUAAGAAUCGUACCCAUGAGGUGAUGGCCACUCAGGGGUGGACAGAUGCGAUGCUUCAUCAACCAAAAGACUUGGUCAAAGUGAGCCGGUUGCUGUACGAUCCACCACCACAAAGCAGCACACCAGCCGCCACUAUCGCCACCACCGCCACUAUCGCCACCACCGCCACCACCACCACUGCCAACGCACCCCGCCAGACACCUGCUGCAGCUGCACUUCCCACAUCUCCUCCACCUGGAGAAGCCACUGUCUCUCACAUGCGCCCACCAGCCGCUGCACAGCUGAGGCCCGCCACCACUUCCGCCACCACCUCCGCCGCCACCACCACCGCCACCGCCGCCGCCGCUGCCACCACCUCCGCCACCACCACCACCGCCACCGCCGCCGCCGCCGCCACCACUGCCGCCACCACCUCCGCCACCACCACCACCGCCACCGCCGCCGCCGCUGCCACCACCUCCACCACCACCACCACCGCCACCGCCGCCGCCGCCGCCACCACUGCCGCCACCACCUCCGCCACCACCACCACCGCCACCGCCGCUGCCGCCGCCACCACUGCCGGCACAACCCGCCAGACUCCUGCUGCUGCUGCUGCUGCUGCUGCUGCACCGCCCACGACUCCUGCGCCUGAUGACGCCACUGUCUCUCGCUUGCGGAGCCUCUCUGCAGAGGAGAGGGACAGGAGGCUGGUCCAGGCGGCUGUAGGGGGGGCAGUGGGGGAGCUGACGGCGCUGAUCGCCGCAGGGGCCGACGUGGGGGCGAGGGGCGACUGGAGGGAGUUCACCGCUCUGCACUGGGCAGCGUACAGGGGAGACGUCGAGGUGGUGAGGCUGCUGCUGGAGGCGGGGGCGGCGGUGGACGCCAGGGAUGGCGGUGGGUCUAGGCCGCUGCACUGGGCGGCACUCAAUGGCCGCGCAGAAGUAGCGGCUGCGCUGCUCGUCGCGGGGGCCGACAGGGGAGCCACAACUCGUGGUGGGCGGACAGCACUGGACAUCGCCAGGCAGAACAACCAGAGGCGGCUGGUGGAGAUGCUGUCAUGA